GCCGCCACCGACAGGGAGACGGAGGGACCGCGAGCCAAGCGCUGGGGACGCCGCCGCCACCAGCAGUCCUCUUGCCUGCCUCGCAGCCCUCCUAGACACGCUGCUCGCCUACGGAUCCUACCCUCCCAACUCUUGCAAGCACUCACUCCGCUGGUCGCCCACUGAUCCCCCUUCCCCAUAGGCUCACAGGGGAGGCAGCAGCAAGGUGUCCGAUUCCAGGAUUCCAGCACGUGAGGCCCGCGAUCCCCGCCGGAGGACGCCAGGCAGGGAAAGGCCAUUGGCAUGAAGACCCCCAACGCACAGGAGGCCAAAGGGCAACAAACUAGGGCAGCUGUGGGACGGGCCACUGGGUCUGCAAACUUGACAAAGAAAAAAGCCCCCCAAAAGAAGCAGCGGGGCAGACCUUCGUCCCAGCCCCGCAGGAACAUCGUGGGCUGCAGAAUUUCUCACGGAUGGAAAGAAGGAGAUGAGCCUGUCACCCAGUGGAAAGGAACCGUUCUGGAUCAGGUGCCUAUAAAUCCCUCUCUUUAUCUGGUGAAAUAUGAUGGAAUUGACUGUGUCUACGGACUGGAACUUCACAGAGAUGAAAGGGUUUUGUCUCUUAAAAUUCUUUCCGACAGGGUGGCAUCAUCUCAAGUUAGCGAUGCCAACCUUGCAAAUACCAUAAUUGGCAAAGCAGUGGAACAUAUGUUUGAGGGUGAGCAUGGUUCUAAGGAUGAAUGGAGGGGGAUGGUCUUAGCCCAAGCACCUAUCAUGAAAGCCUGGUUUUAUAUUACCUAUGAGAAAGAUCCUGUCUUGUACAUGUACCAGCUUCUAGAUGACUAUAAAGAAGGUGACCUCCGCCUUAUGCCAGAAUCCAGUGAGUCUCCUCCAGCAGAGAGGGAGCCAGGAGGAGUUGUAGAUGGCCUGAUAGGUAAGCAUGUGGAGUACACCAAAGAAGAUGGCUCCAAAAGGAUCGGCAUGGUCAUUCACCAAGUGGAAGCCAAACCCUCUGUGUAUUUCAUCAAGUUUGAUGAUGAUUUCCAUAUCUAUGUCUAUGAUUUGGUGAAAAAGUCCUAACUGUUAGGGUAAAAUUUGCCACAU